CGGCAGCAGCGGCUCGGGUCUGGAUGAGAGGUGACCGGGACUAAGGGUGAAGGUGUGCGCUCGCUCGCGUGUGUAUGUGUGUGUAUGUGUGCGUGCGUGCGCCCGUGUGGAGAGACUGCAGGAGCAGGCGGAGAGGGGAAGAGGAGAGAAGAAGAGGCUCAACUUGCUCCCUCUACGCGCCGCUCUGCCCUCUCUGCCGCCGCGUCUCCCUCCUCUUUCUCCUCCCCGGGACACAGACAUCUGGCGUGGUGACAUGUAAAGAGGCUUGAAGUAUGGCAUGCAAAGAUGGUUUCUGCCAAGAAGAAGGAGACGGUGACAGCGAUGCGCCCCGCUUUUAUUCGGACCCUCUUCUACUUUUGCUGUUUGGCGACUUGUGUAAAGAAAAUCUCUGGACAGACAAAGAAGGAUGAAAGGAUCUAUCCGGAGAAUUUUACGCGCAUUUUAGACCGACUUCUUGACGGCUAUGACAACAGGCUGCGACCUGGAUUCGGCGGUCCUGUGACUGAGGUCAAGACUGACAUUUACGUGACAAGUUUUGGGCCUGUCUCAGAUGUUGAAAUGGAGUACACAAUGGACGUGUUCUUCCGCCAGACGUGGGUGGACCGGAGGUUGAUGUAUGAGGGCCCCAUUGAGAUAUUGAGGCUGAACAACCUGAUGGUGACCAAAGUGUGGACACCAGACACCUUCUUCAGGAACGGCAAGAAAUCGGUCGCUCACAACAUGACGGCCCCCAACAAGCUCUUCCGCAUCAUGAAGAAUGGCACCAUUCUGUACACCAUGAGGCUGACCAUUAGCGCUGAGUGUCCCAUGAAGCUCGUGGAUUUCCCCAUGGAUGGACAUGCAUGCCCCCUCAAGUUUGGAAGCUAUGCCUACCCAAAAACAGAGAUGAUCUAUACUUGGACCAAAGGGCCCCAGAAUUCAGUGGAGGUCCCUCCUGAGUCCUCCAGCCUCGUUCAGUAUGAUCUCAUUGGCCAGACGGUCUCCAGUGAAACGAUUAAAUCCAUCACAGGUGAAUAUGUGGUGAUGACGGUCUACUUCCACUUGAAACGUAAAAUGGGCUACUUCAUGAUUCAGACGUAUAUCCCCUGCAUAAUGACAGUAAUCCUCUCCCAAGUGUCCUUCUGGAUAAAUAAAGAAUCAGUCCCGGCACGCACCGUCUUCGGCAUCACCACUGUGCUGACCAUGACGACACUCAGCAUCAGCGCUCGCCACUCCCUUCCCAAGGUCUCAUACGCCACUGCAAUGGACUGGUUCAUCGCCGUCUGCUUCGCCUUUGUCUUCUCUGCCCUCAUUGAGUUUGCCGCCGUAAACUACUUCACCAACGCACAGAUCGAGCGGGCCAAGAAGAAGCCAGCCAAAUGUCCUCCGGUUCCCCAAACCACGCCUGUCAAGGUCAAGGACACGGAGGAAGUGCUGCAGAAUCCUGACACCAACGGUAACCUGAGGAAACGGAUGAAUUACAUUUCCCACCAAGAGGCCAGCAGUCACCCGAGAGCCCAGUCCACCACCAACAUUUCAGGAGUGGGCAGAGCGAGACCGCUGCGGCCUUUAGCCAGCGGAGUCAACGGCAGCUCCUCCACCCUCUCCCGCUUAAGCCCCAAAUCUGAGAGCCUGCUCAGCGUGGCCUCUUCCUCUGCCCAGCUGGUGAAGAGCACACCUCAGGCUGCAGCUUCCACGCCAGACGUGAUGGCUGGGACGCCGUGCAAGCAGAACGCCAGCUCCUCGUCUCUGCAGCAUCUGCUGGGGCCCAAGCUGGAGCGCAUCCAGAUGAUGGGGAACAAACUGGAACCAAAGCAGACGCCGUGCUCCCAGCCCACCACCGCUGGCAUGGGUGGAACCAGCAAAAUUGACAAGUACGCACGGAUCCUAUUCCCAGUGUCCUUUGGGGCUUUUAAUAUGGUCUACUGGGUGGUUUACCUAUCAAAGGACACGAUGGUGGCUAAAGGUGGUUAGACUUUUCUCCGGCAACAAGAGUGAAGACUCAUUUCUUUAAACAGAUGGGGAGCAAACAAGGAUUAUGGGAGUUUGCAAACAAUGAGAGGAAAACUAUUUUUCUUGCCAGGAAGAUAAACAAAAAGUGCUCACCAAGCACUUCCACAUCCUGGAGAACACACUCAGAAUCCAUUUAUUUUUUUCUUCUUAAGGUCCUCGAACAGUAAGCAUGGGAAUAAACCAACCAAAUUAGAAAUAUCUGACACGGCAGAAGAAAGAACACCUGCACAGUGGACUACACUACUGUCCUCUUUUAUCGGGCUACGUCGGACUGUGAAGGUCUUCACUGGCUUCAACUGCCUCACGAUCCCGUGUGGCCUGCAGUCAAGGCAUGGGAAUUUUUCAUUUUUCCUAUUUUUGUACCCUGCACCUGGCAAGAUGUUUGGGUCUGUGUCCUGAAACGAACUGCACCAAUGUUCUGUAAAUACAUACAUUUAUUAGGACAAAUGGAUUUAUAUUUACCAAUCGCUGUGUACUUCAGUUUGAAUUGUAAGACUUGUUACUUUGGUGCCACAGGCCAGAUUACACACACAGAAAUGAUUUGAGAGGACAAACAGACUCUAGUCGUGGGUUUACAGGGACUGAACACCGGCUAAAUAAUGGUCAUCUAAAAUGAAAUAGAUAAAUAAAUAGGUUUGUGUCUGAAUUAAAGUCAAAGCUGAGUGGAGCUUUGGGCCGCGGAAAUGAUCAGCCGCGAAAUCCCCUUUUGUACAGUUCCAACUUGCAAAGCAUCUUUUUAUUUUAUAUAUGUAUCCAAGAUGGAUUAACUAUUCUGGAAAUACUGAAGAUGAAAUUUGGGGAUCACUCGGAUCAGAGAGAAGUGAAAGGCAAGUUAUUAAUUCAUGUAACAGUAGGAUUUAAGCUUCUUUCCUGCCAUAAUGGGUUGCCAGAUAGUAGACAAAGAUUGUGCAAGUGAUUAAAAUACAGAGCGGAAGAGAGAGUAAAGCCAUUCGUCCGUGGACGACUGCAGCAAUAAAACAAUGAGUUGGUUGUAUGUUUAGGAACAUUUUGGUGUGUACAAUAAAGGAAAUGUGACCAUUCAGCAACUGCUCCAGGGGAGAGAGUCAGGUGACAUCACACACCUCUUUAAAUUUGUGUCUAAACACAUUCCAUUAUUUCACUGCUUUACACGGUGUCCAACCAAAAUGUACAUCCGGAUUUUCAUGUGUUCAGUGGGUGAGUGUUUGCGUGAGCAGCGUUGUUGACAAGUGUUAAAGGCUGAACAAAGGCAAAGCAUGCCCGUUUGUUCAAAUGAGACCGGCCCACAGAGUUUUAUUUUCAGGAGGCUCCAGAGUUAGCUGAAGUGCAGCUGUCACUCUGUCGUUCAGCCGCUGUUAAUUGUGCCGGCUAGAAUUAGGGUAAUGGGAUUUACUCCAGCCGAUCUCAAAAUGCGUAAUAAGAGUCUGCAGCACAGACGUGGUGCUGUGCUGCUCUCUCUGUUAAGAUGGCGCUUAAGGAAAAGCUCAGCAUUUUGAGAAAUGUGUGUUUUUUUUGCAUUCUCCUCAAGAGUUCUCAUAUCUGUACACUAAAUAUAACGCUGCUUGUCAGCACCUGCGCGGUUAAAGAAUAGAAACAGCCUGGCUCUGUUUAAAAGUAACAGCACCUUUGAAGCUCACUAAUUAAAGAAACAGUUCGCCCCAAAAUCAGAAACAUCAACUUUUUUUUCAUCCUACCUGUCGUGAUGUUCAUCCAUCUGGAUCAUUUUAAGUGAGUUGCAGAGUUUUGGAGCUAUCAGCUGUAAAGACGUCAUGCCAUCUUUUGGGUGUAAUGGAGGCAGCUGGAGAGGCUAGCAAUCAUUACAGGACAUGCACACUGAGCUCCACAAGCCGAGUGCCAUCUCGUUCCAUUAUACUUAAGCAAAAGCAGACAUCGCUACAGCCGGUGUCUCCAAAACUCACACCAGAACAGUCUAAAACAGGGGUGCCCAAGCUUUCAUCCUUGGAGGGCCAAAACAAAAAACUCAAAGGUGGGCGCUGGGCUAAAGGAAACACCUAUUGUAUUUCUAUUGUUUUGAUGCAAAAAUGGUGUUGGUAUUGAAAGUUUACGACUGACUUCCUGUGCAAUCUGCGCCAGCCGUGCAGACCUUAUAAAGUACAACAAUAAAAAUAUCUGGCAGGUCAAAUUGAACCUUAUGUGGAGGCCAAAUAAGGCCCCUGGGUCCCACUCUGCCAGUCCUGAUCUAGAUGAAUAAAUAGCACCAUGGAUAGAAAUUUGUAUUUUUGAUUCGGGGGGGAACUGUGCCUUUAACUUCACUAGUAAGACUACAGGAAUUCAGCUAGCAGGCUAGCCGAUUCCCCCUGUUACCUGUCUUUAUGCUACGCUAAGCUAGCUGACUAUAUUUAGUACAGAGGUGAAGUGGGUAUUGAUCUUCUAAUCUGACUCUCAACAAGAAAACCAAUAAGCUUAAAGUAAACAUGUCGAACUUUGAUCCCCAUGGACACAAAAGGGUUAGUCAAACUUUUUUUGCAAUUAUUGAAUUCAGCGCUGUCCUCCUAGAAACGUUUAAACAGCCCAGAAACCUUCGACCAUAUUAACAGUCACCUGUGCGAUCAGGACCUUGAGCAUGUUUGCAGUCUGCUUGACCCUCGGAGGUAAUGAAAGAUAUUGAUGAUAACUGAACCUUUGAAUGUGUGAAGGACGUCAUUACCUAAAUGUCACAUGACAUGACGUCAGACGCUUUGUCCUCUCAGUGGUCUCUUGUUGCUGUUCUGCUCCGUCACUGGCUGGUGGAGGUGAAGUGUGGGGUUUAUUGUCAUUGAGUCCUUUGUCUGGACACAAUGACAUUUUUGGUCAUCACUUGCUUUAUAUAAGUGCAAAGUCUUCUGCCAAUAGAAACCACCAUAAAAUGCCAAACUUGUGGCACCUCAGCAGAUUAUUUGACGUGUUGAGCGCCUGUAGUGCGUUGACGAGAUCAUUCGUUUAGACGAAGGAAUCACAACUAUCAUCCAUUGAUUCUCAUGGCCUAAAUUUCCUGAACAGUCGUUGGAUGAGCGCAAUUCCAGUGUUCACCUCUGCAGACAGAGAUGUCAGAAGUGUGUGUGUGUGUGUGUGUGUGUGAGGGGAUUCAUGAUGCAGGGGGGGUGCCUAGUUUCUUGCUCUAAUAACCAUAUCAUCCAUGUAGCCAUGGUUGUUGGCCCUCGUUGAUCGGUUAGUCUAACAGGAGUUAUGAUGCUGCCACAUCGACGAGAAACAGGCGGCCUGAUGGACAGAUCAAGAUGCCCGACGCCACUCACCCCUCUUAAACGCAGCCAAGUGUGAAAUUGAUUUUGCCGUUAUUGCCUCCCUGUUGGCCUCACUCUCCCUCGCUCGCUCGCUCCGUCUCUCACAACAGUUGUACGAAAGAUAUCUCAUCACAAAAACACGGAACAUGUGUGUGUGCUAAUGAGGAGCCUGUCAACAGCAGAUUGAUGCUCACUGUUUAGGUGGUGCUCUAAACAUGUGCAUGAUGGAUAGAGCUGCCAGCACCAGGUUGUGGGUUUUCUGCUGCUUUUUAAAAAAACCCACCAACAUGCUGUUGUAGAAGACGGGCAGACAGUUAAAGACCCUCCACAUGGUCGCUCUGCCAUUUUGAAAGCUGACACGGUGCGGGUUUGUGGAAAGUUCAACGACACAACCUGAGAUCUAUUAAUCAUUGUCUGUUCAGCUGUUUAAAUAGUCCAACGGCAUCAAAAUAGCUUUUUUCCAACCGCUAGAAGCUGGUAAAAUGGGGCAUUCAUUGUAGUUUUUUGGAGCACUUUGUGAAGUAAAUCAUGGCACAACACUCCCUCUAGUGGCUCAAUUGACCCCUUUUUAUUUUGAACACAAUUCUAUUGAGGAUGUGCUCCUCCAUUCGCUCUGAACAGGCAGGAUGCCAUAGCACAGGAAGUUAUCCUGCUUGUUGCUAUUCAGGUAUACUAAUCAACAUGAAGACGAGAGUGUAAUUCAGCAGCUGCUUCUCCUGUAUGUUUGACUACCAACCAGAAGUGUUGAUUUUUUUUUUUUUUAACAGACUCCACUGAGAGAAUCUGCAGCUCAGGACACUUUUUCCAUCUUGCAUCGCAUUGCACUUGAUUGAGUCCACUGAAAAGCCGACGGAUUGUAACGCUGAAACAAAAAACAUGAAGCAGAGAACCAGAGGCGUCCAACUGUCAUUAACCACUGACCCCCAUUUUCUUCAAGUGAACUAAAUAAUCAUGCUGACAAAAAAUUUGUUCACACUGUGUCAUUAAAAUGUGUUUUACUGGAGGUUUAAAGGCUUGUUUAACCUCAUAUCAUGUGUUUCCUGCUGACAAAGCAGAGCCUCCAUUAUGUUAUUACCAAGGGGACAGUGAAUGUGCUGGAUGUAAGGGUGAUCUGACUCACCUUGCUUUGAGGGAGCAUACAGUAACUUAUCUUCCACAUCACAGUGACAUUAAAAGCUGUGUGUAUUUAUAACAGUGGCAAGGGAGCAUUUUAAAUACCCUGAAAUCAAGCACACUGAGUGACAUUAAGACAGUGAUAUAAUACAUGCCUAAAAGGCUGUACAUGGUCUUCUCCAGUCAAUUAGUACUAUUCGAAUAAUGUCAGAAAAACUGAGAGCGAGAGGGUCUCUCUUUUUUAAAUCUUCAUCUUAGUCGAGAAUGACCACAGAAUAAUGUGUCAACCUGAAAUAUUAUGCAGAGAAAUUCAAUUAAGUAUUUAGGUCACACAUUCAAUGGCAAAAGCACGAAAUGUUCUACCCAGAGUCAAAUUCUUGUUUGCAUCAGGAAAUGGUCUAAAUCAGGUGUGCUGAAACUUUUUUCUCUUGGAGGGCCAAAACUUAAACCUAAUGACAAAACAUGGGCCAAAAACAGGCACCUAUUGUAUUGUAUUGUUAAGAAAUGGUACAAUACGGAAGCCUGUAAGGACAAGUGAAAAAAAGGAAUUCUGUUGAUCCAUUUUCCAAGUCUGACCCAGUGUGUUUUCUCUCCUGUGUUUAUGACUGAAAGGUGCUAUUUGUAGGAGUUGAUUUAGAGUCUCAUUCCCAACCUGCCAAAGACUGACGCUCUGGGAUGGUAGGACGGGCCAGGUGCCAUCCCAAAGGUUAUAACAUGCUGGGAAUGAGACUCGAAGAUCAACUUUUCCUACAAAUAGCACCUCUGAGAUCAGGUGACAACAUGUUUUGCCAGGAUACUCUGUUAAAGUUAUGAUGUUUUUUUUUUCUCCACUUGCCUCUCAGGGCUUACGUAGUACUCGGGUCCCAGGUUCCUGUAUCUGACUGCCUUCAUGCACAAAUCUUUACUCUGCCAGCCGGGCUCAGAUUAUGGAAAUCAGUAAAUAAAAAGUGGAAAAGCAUAAACAUUGAUGCACAUUGUAAUUUUCUUUUCUGCUGGAAACAUCUGGCGGGCCACCUUUGGCCCGUGGGACAGACUUUGGGCAGCCCUAGUCUCAAUGGUUCACUUUAGUUGUACACAGUGAGGAAAUUAUAUUAUUGUUCUUAAACACAAGGAUAAUUCGUUUUGUGACAAAUGACUACAGAUCAGACAUGUAUGUGUUGGUUCUUAUAGCCUGUUCAUGGCUUCACACAGUACUGGGUCCGUUUAAUUUCCAACCUCCUGAAGGAGAUGAACCACUAGAGGGAGCAACAUGCCGUGACUUCACAUGAUCAGAAUCACCACAACAGGCUCCAACAGGCACACUUGAGGUUGUUUUGGCAUCUAAUUUCAUUGCUUUUAAAGUGACAGAUCGAUGGAUGCAUUGUGUUAAAGAGCGGGGGAUUCAGGGUCUCACGAAAAAAUGAGGAAUAGUUCCAUUUCAUGAGCCACUCUCGAGAGAUUAGCACACUAAUGAUGUAGGUCUCUCCUCCAUAUCAUUAUUAUUAUCAUCAUCACUCAUCUGUCUUCAUACAUGAGGAUCCCUCAGGCUGAAUCUAGCUUGUUAAGGGGGGGAUACUGAUUUAGGGAUGCAAGUAUCUGGCGUUUCCUGACAAACUGAGCGUCACUGAGCUGUUAUCAUUGUUGUCAUAGAACCUUUAAGUGUGUGUCUCCAUUCCAGCUUCAAGGGGCAUGGGCAGUGUAUUUUGAUUUUACAUUUUUGUCUAUCACAUAUGGAGAUAUUUCAGUCUUUUUAAAGUAUUGUUUUCAUGCAGCUUGUGGAUCUGAACAGUUUCACUUAACCCAGUUUUGGAAUGCCAUAGGCCAAGAUAAUUAACAUGCAGGCUCUUGGUAGUUAAUAGGAAAAAACACUUUCUAUCAAUUCUAUCAUACUUUCUAGCACAAGUGGUGGUGAAGAAGGAUGCCAUGAUUCCCGUUGUCUGUUGUGUCACAUAACAUUCACACACGUACUGAGGAGCCUAAGGGUCUUUUCUGCUGGUGAUGUGGAACCAAGAUUUUUCUUGAGAGAUGAUUUUGAUACAAUACCUCAGUAAUGAUACUCAAUAGUAGGAGCACCAUUUAAUUAAAGCAGUAUUUACUAGAUAAGCCACACAGAGACAGCAAUAAUGUAAACAACAGCAUAGAACAUGACAUACAGUAUGUACUCAACCUUAACUGGCUUACAUAAACUAAAGCUGCACCAAAGGACUCAUGACAAUGCUUUUCCAUCAUGUAAGAAUUUAAGGUAAACACUUUAAUUAACUCAACUCAUAAUCAAACACUAACAGACCCUCGACUUGUACUAACAUUUUAACCACAGUGCAGAACUUUGGCUGCGCUGGUGUGCAGGGGAUUUUUCUGCAACAUUGCCUGAAUGAACUGGACUUGUGAAAAAGACAGUUGUGUAUCAUGUACUUAGUAUUGAUGCCACAUUGAGCUUAUCUGAAAUGAUACAAUAUGGUACUAACUGUACAUUAUUUCAGCUGUUUGUGUUACAGUUGAUAGGCUGAUAAAAAUAUUUUUUUGAACUAAUGUUUCAUUUAUUAGUCCUUAACCAAUGCACUGUU